AAAAGUCAGUUUGAGCCAUUUCCGGUAACCGAGUAAACAAGAUGGCGACAGGCAGUGGAUCGAGUAAGAACGACUUCCGUCGAAAAUGGGACAAAGACGAGUACGAGUCCCUGGCUCAGAAACGUCUGGCGGACGAGAGGGAGCUGGAGAAGAGGGAUGGGAAGAUUGUGCCGCCGGUCAAGCGGGAACUCCUGCGUCACCGGGACUACAAGGUGGACCUGGAGUCCAAGCUGGGGAAGACCAUCGUCAUCACCAAGACGACGCCGCAGGCCGAGAUGGGCGGGUACUACUGCAACGUGUGUGACUGUGUGGUGAAAGACUCCAUCAACUUCCUGGAUCACAUCAACGGGAAGAAACACCAGAGGAAUCUGGGCAUGUCGAUGCGGGUGGAACGCUCGUCUCUGGAUCAGGUGAAGAAACGCUUCGAGGUGAACAAGAAGAAGCUGGAGGAGAAGCAGAAAGAGUACGACUUUGAGGAGCGAAUGAAGGAGCUGAGGGAGGAGGAGGAGAAGGCGAAGGCCUACAAAAAAGAGAAGCAGAAGGAGAGGAAGCGGCGAGCCGAGGACGACGUGGAGCUGGAGGAGGACGAUGAGAUGGCCGCCGUCAUGGGAUUUUCCGGGUUUGGCUCGUCCAAGAAGAGCCACUGACUGUUGCACACUGGGACCAGUUCCUGCUGCACACUGGGACUAGUUUAGAGACUCAGAUCAGGACUUGUCCUGCUCUUCAUUCCCAAACAGACUUUUAUUUUGGCGGGUUGUGUGGCUCUGAGCAGCCGGUUGGUCAGACGCCGUGGCCCAGUCGUCAGUUCUCCUGCAGAGUUUGACUGCGACUCGUCAGCCAAUCAGCAUCCAGCAUCGCCUGGUUUCGCUGCAUUCAGCGUUUCUGUUGAAAGUGAAAAUGAUUGGAAUCAGGAGGAGAAGCUGCUUUUUUUCUGUUCAUAUUUUAAUAAAGUCUUUGACUUCUG